AUGAAUUCGAGAAGGGCCUUGAUUUCGUUGAUUGAAACAUAUCAUGAGCUGAACUCUUCGACGGUCGAUGAAUUACCGACCAUUCCCACAGCCCUGGGCUUCCAUCGUUAUGUGGCCAAGAAUAGGCCAUUUAUCGUGAGAAAUGGUGCACGAGACUGGAAGGCCACGCGGUUGUGGAAUGCGAAAUACUUGCGCGAAACGAUGCGAUCACGCAAGGUCAAGGUAGCAAUCACACCUUUGGGAAAUGCAGACGCGGUGGUCGAGGAUCAGCACGGUCGCAUCAUGUUUGUGGAGCCGUACGAGAUCGACGAAGGCUUUGAAGAAUUCUUAGAUUACGUCCAAAUCGAUUCGUCCUCGUGCUCGAGUAACAUCAGCACACACAAUGGCAACGUCAAAUAUGCUCAAACUCAGAACGACAAUCUCCGCGCCGAAUACGAGGCACUCUUCGCGGACGUCCCUCCGACCAUCCCCUUCGCGACCGAGGCGCUCGAACAGCAGCCCGACGCGAUCAACUUCUGGCUCGGCAAUCACCGCUCCACAACCGCCUUACACAAGGACAACUACGAGAACAUCUACGUUCAGAUCCGCGGCCAGAAGCACUUCACUUUGCUACCUCCUGUGGAGGCACCCAGCGUAAACGAUGUAUCACUCGACCGCGGUCGGUAUCGACCUGGCAACGGCAGUGAUGCGACAGAGCUAAUCGCCUGCCCGGAUGAGACUGCGGAGCCCGUGCCGGUAGCAACGUGGGAUCCCGAUGAUCCAGAACAUCGACCAUCGGAAUUCUCACGAUUCUCUCGUCCAACACAUGUCACUUUGAAUGAAGGCGACAUGAUGUAUCUGCCGGCACUGUGGUAUCACAAGGUCGGGCAGAGCAACGGGAAGGAGGGCUUCGCAUGCUCGGUCAAUUACUGGUUUGAUAUGAGCUUCGAUGGUGGUUUCUGGUCUACGCAGUCAUUCAUCCGUGAUGUUGUGUCCUCGAUGGCUUUGACUGUGGAGUACCCGGAGUUGAUCGUUGGUGACGACAAUGAUGCCAAAAGGGAGAAUGUAUCGACAAGAUGA